GAAAGUUGACAUUAACACAGAAUAAACAUGAAAGUUCGUGGAUUAAAGGUUAUCAUUUACAUUCUUCUGGAUGUUUGUGUCUGUUUUUCAACCGUCUAUCCUAAAUUUUCACGAUCGUUAGAUAAAACAGGUUUUCAUAGGGAGCUGCUCACCUCAGUUGACAUGCCGCGAGAGCUGCUGCCUGAUUACUUUGAUGGAGGUGACAUUGAUUGCCACAUGUUGUUCAGGGAAGUCAUUCCAUCAGGUGCAUAUGUUGACCCCUUCCAACUGCAAGAGCAAAGGCAUUUCGGAGGACCAGACGUAAAAGUGGUAGAUCCAGUGGAUGUUGAAAAGCCUGAGGUCCAAUCAUUCGAGAUUGUUGCCUUGGUUUAUGCCAAUCUUACAUCUGAUGGUGACAGUUGGGUGGCCAGCUAUAGUUUACCCAUUCAUCUCCGCUAUCAUUCUAUUUCACCUGAUGUUGAUAACAUGGAGGUCAUCUUUCAGAAGCCAGAAAUUUUUCUGAGAUGUAAUGAUGCCAAAUCUGGAAUAACACACUAUGGCUACAGAGGUGAGACUGUGCGGCAGGAGAGUUUGGGGUGCUCCAGCAGUGAUAUCAUUCUGUGUGACUGGUCUAUGAUACAACUGCAUCAGCAGAAUAGCAGUCUUCAUGCCUGGGUGCCUGUUGGAAAGACUGGACACUUCACAAUCGUGACAGUUGGAACUGUGAUAGCCACGACAGCGGCAUGCUUUCUUCUAAUAGCCAAGGCAUUGAAGUGUUAUACCACAAAAGGGACAAAAGACAGCUGAUAUCACAAACUAGUGCCAGCAAAUACGCUCAUAAUCUUUAACUAGUUGAACUUGAUGCAGUUUGUCGGAUGACGUUUAGAUUAAUUAUUUCAUGAUUUUCAUCUAUAACAUUUUGUUCUUCAAAACAGCACAAACUUUAUGAGUUAAGUUAGAUUUCAUGAAAAUUGCAUUCAUUAAAAUUCUAUUUAAAUGUUUGAUUGCGCAGAGGUGUAUCAAUGCUUCGUCUUUAUGCUUGAUCACCAUUUGUAAGCUGUUUUCUUAAGAUUAGUAGUCAAAAUUAUAUUUUGGUUAACUUAAUGGCAGUGUUUUUUCACAUUUACCAUACAUUUAUUUUUAUAUAUCAGCAGACAGCUGUUAUUGUUUGUAAUCCGGUGCAUCAGUAGAUUUAAACAUAAGCUGGGCCAGUAUACAACAUUUAGGGGUCAACCUAAGAUUUUGUCCAAUGAAAAGACAGUAUUUUACAAGUUUCCAAAAACAAUUAUUUCAAUAAAUCAGCAGUCAGCCAUUUAUGAUUGUAAAUCAGUAGCCAAUUGUAUAAAGUUUCCCAUAGGUUAUCUUUUGGCUAGAUGAAUCAUUAGAACGAUUUGAUUGGUGAGAAGUAACCAUUCAAUAAACAUUGACCAAUCAAUAAGUUAUUUUGGCUAACUUAAGCCAAACCAAAGAAAAAAAAGUUUUAUACAAUUGGUUGCAUGUAUAUUGGUAGAUUUAAACAUUCUUAAAUCUUGACCACUCAUUAACCUGUUAAUGGGUAAUAUGCAUUUAUCAAAAUAAAUGGUUAUGUAACAUGCACAUGUUGUGCCUCAAGGUAGUAUUUUCGGUAUGUUUUGUAUUUCAAAAGGGUUUUGUCUUUGAUAUUGCAUUUUUUCAGAACAAUUCCUUUACAUAUCCAUUCAAGUUAUGGUAUGUUGGUCUAAUCCACACUGGAAUAGUGCAUAAAGGUUACAGUCCCCAUCUAUUCUGGUGAUAACGUAGCAGAAGUAGAGAUCGAAGAGGCCCUAAAAUUCCGCCUUGAAAUCCUCAUUUCCUCUAAAGAUACAAAUAUUUUAUAAAAACAACAUGGUUGUGUGAUUUUUAUUUUAUUAAUCAUUAUAUCAAAUUUCCACACCUACUAAGAUUAAAGUGAAUGUUAUUUCCA